GUGUGAAGGUGCUGUUCCGCGUGGGGCUGACCCUGGUGCGCCUGGCGCUGGGCACCACUGAACAGCGCCUGGCCUGCCCGGGGCUCCUGGAGACGCUCGGCGCCCUUCGAUCCAUCCCCCCUGCCCAGUUGCAAGAAGAGGUCUUCAUGCCCCAGGUGCAUGGCGUGGCCCUGUCCGAACAGGACCUGCAGCGGGAGAUCAAGGCCCAGCUGGCCCAGCUGCCCGCAUCAGCAUCCGAGCCACCCCCGAGGCCGCAGGCCCGCCUGCCGGGGGCCCCAGCCAUCUUUGAGGCCCAGCAACUGGCAGGAACCCGGGGGAGCCCCCGGCCCGAGGUGCCUCGCAUCGUGGUACAGCCCCCAGAGGAGCCCCGGCCACCCCGGCGCAAGCCCCAGACCCGAGGCAAGACUUUCCACGGGCUGCUGACCCGGUCCAGGGGCCCCCCUAUCGAGAGCCCCGCCAGGUCCCAUAGAAGCUCCACCUCCUUCCUGGACACCCGAUUCUGAGGGUAGGUCCCACUUCUGAGGGUACCACGGACUCAGGGUCCCCCGAUCCCAACUGCCUGAACAGUGGAUGCCAGCCUUGAAGUGGGCACCGCACUUUACAGCUGGGGUUGGAUGCCUCAUUCCUUUCUCAUGGACUGCCUCAGGCCUGAGGAGGACGGAAGGGUGCAGAAUGGGGUUUGGGGGACCCAGGCCAUCCCCCACCCACAGGGCUGCCCCAGUGCCUGGGCCCUUGCACGCAUCAAGCUUGCACUGGAGGAGUGUGCAAGAAAGGGCAUGGGCUGGGCCACAGGGACCCCAAAAGGCUCAUGAGGGCCCUGGAAUAAAGUCUGAACAGAAGCCCG